CGCCGCAGCCGUCGGGAUCAGCCGGCGCAGCCAGCAGCAGCAGCAGCAGCAGCAGCAGCAGCAGCCCGCACCUCGCAGCCGCACAGGGAUCCGCAGUCGCUUGUGGCGAGCACGGACAGAGGUCUGUCUACCUGAGGAGGCGGCCAGCUAGCUGCCAGCUGCCAGCUGCUACGCACGGCGUCUCAGCUGCGCGCCUCUGCGACGCGACUGGAAGGCAACCAACCGGCUUCUGCUGUCGACACGGACCAGCUGGCUACCCCUCGUGGCACGAUGGCAGCCUGCCCCGGCGCCGCCGGCCCCCGCGCCCGCUGCCUGCUGCGGCUGCUGGUGCUCGCCGCCCUCACACUCGUCCUCUUCUCCGACGCUGACGCCUGGAGGACCGACACCCGCCCAAGGGUAUACGGCAACAAGAUUCCCACGAGGGCGCUGGUGACCACCGGCAAGAAGGUGCAGCGCAAGAUCGUCCUCUACCACAACUUCUUCCGCACCAAGGUGUCGCCGCCGGCUUCCAACAUGCUCAAGAUGACGUGGCACAAGGGCGCGGCGAGGGCUGCACAGCGGUGGGCCGAGCGCUGCCUGAUGCUGACCCACGACGACAUGCAGGGCCGCUGGGUCAACAACUACGGCUCCUGUGGACAGAACAUCUUCAUCUCCACGCAGCAGGUGCCCUGGUACUUCGCCAUCAAGAUGUGGUUCGCUGAGCGCGACAACUUCACGUACGGGUCUCGGCGCAACGACCUGCACGCGGUAGGCCACUACACGCAGAUGGUGUGGGCGUCCACGCACAAGGUGGGCUGCGGCUUCACGCGCUGCGGCUCGCGCGGCCGCACCUACUACUCCUACAUCUGCAACUACUGCCCCAUGGGCAACAUGAUGGAGAAGCUGGGGACGCCGUACGAGUGGGGCCGCGCCUGCGACCGCUGCCCGGGCCACUGCCGGCUGGGCAAGCUGUGCACCAACUCGUGCCCCUCCGCCGACCUGUGGGGGAACUGCGCGGAGCUCAACUCGACGCACCACCACUGGCUGUGCGACCGCAGCACGGCGCACGGCCGCGACAGGCACCGCUUCUGCCGCGCCACGUGCGGCUGCAAGGGCAAGAUCUACGGCUGACCGCCCACGCCGCCACCUCCCGGUUACCACAGUUCCUCCACACUCUCUGCAGCCAGCCGCGUGUCGCUCUGGCGUCCACGCUAAAGUGGUUGGCACAGCGAGGCACUGACUGCCGAGUUGCAGGGAAGCUGGUUCCCUGCGAAAGCAAUGUUUCACCACGCACUUACUUCGUACUUGGCUCUAGAGUCACAUUACUUCGUUCUAUGGCAAAGGACAGAUCAAAAAAUGCUUCUCGGACGUAGGUAUCUGCCUGUCAGUGAUACUGGUGCAUACUUCGAUGCAGAAAAAACACAAAAUUGUAUUUCUAACUACGUCAUUAUUCUAGCGUAAAUACCGUGCACUGUAAUCGCACUUAAGUACACCGUGAUUGCACUUAAGUACAGGGAAUUUAAGAUCUGCGUCAUGCACAGUUCAAUGAAGUAUUCAGUCACUUAUGCAGAAACCUUAUGCUGACCAUUCUGUCUCUGUUUUAAGUUGCUCACCAGAAACGAAACGUCUAUAAUCCAACUCCCACAAUGCCUCCCCAAAGAUGUAAUUUGAUUCACUCGUACAAGCUGCAGUACAAUAGGCGUUUCUCAUCUUGCAUUUGGAAAGUAUUUAAUGGGCGAUAUUAAAGAUGAAGAAAUUUCUGUCUCGGCGUGGAAUUUUAAUCUCCACGUCAAACUGCCAAUUUCUGGCGUCGUAACUGCGUCCUUGUGGCUGCGCUGGUCUUCACACACACGAGCUCCUAGACCCAGUUGGUCCGACGGUUUUUCUGCAUCUUAUUAGCAGGAUUCGAGUGACUCAUAUUGACGUAGUGCUCACUUUUAUUCGAUUUUACGCGAAGUACCUAAUUCAGCAUAUUCGUUCGCUUACACAACUGGCAACGCUUCAUGUGCGUUAAACUGUAGCUCCCCUUUUGUCUUGUUUAGUGAACAGUUGCUCAGACUGAGACAAGGGGUAGUUCAUUACUUCCUAUGGGAUAGGUUUAUUACGCCCAGUAAUCACGCCUAAAAAAAUGCACUGCAUUUAUGACUUCCAUCUUUCACACAGUGUAAUCUCCAGUUUAUGUCGUAUUUCUCAGAACUACAGUUUCAAUUUAACCACUUUUGCGGGUAUGUAGUUAUAGCCAGCCACAGACAAAUAGAAGUAACUUUUAGCGAGCUGAGCAAGAGGACACAUCUGCGCGACAUGACUUUCAUCUUGCUGAUGCGUGAAUCACCAGUUGUACUGCCGGCCCGUUCAUAUAUCAAGAGACCAGUAAGAUCCUCGAUUUCUCCGAAUCCCUACUGUCCUCUGGGACUCAACCCAAACCCUGAACCUAUGACCCUUCUUGCCUGUACCGCACAGGCGUACGUCAGCUGUGUCCAGGGACAAAAGCAGGGCUGACGCAAACCCAGGGUCAAAAUGUGUCCUUGGCACAAUUUUUGGGACCAGCCAUGUGCAAAAUGCUGAGACAGUCUUUCGUAAUCCAUUCUGCUUCAGACUACAUAAUAAUUGCGGGCAGUAAAACGCCUUCCAUGAUGACAGAAUUUUUUGUAGACAUCAAUUGUUAUUGCUUAGAUUAUUUUGUGCGUCAUAUUAAAGCACUACUGCCUGGUUAAAGCUGUGGCCUAGAAUAAGGAGCUACAAUACCUGCCUUUAUCAUAACCACUAGCAAAGCUGUGUUUAGACAAUGGUGUGCAGCGACGAAGCGUAGUGUGUUGUGAAAUGAAUUUGUUGAGCACUUGUAUCUAGAAGAUAAAUGUUGUUGCCUGCAUUAGUAUAUUCCUCGAAGACAAUAAUGUUAUCUAUCCACCGAUAGGGUAUUUAUGUGUAUCAUCUGUACAUAAUAUUAUUUAUAUAUAUAUACAUAUAAUUUUAUAUAGCUUUAAUAAAGUAUCUACAGACACAGUGUGUCAUAAACGUCUAGUGUUAGAGUAGUUCUGCGUCGUGCUAUGUAACAGCAUCAGCUCCUAGCAAAAUAGCGAUACCAAGCGGCUUGAAAAAAAAAAAAAAAGAAAGAUGAAGAAGAAAGUCUGUCAAGCUCACAGAUAAUUUCUGUCUCAAGGGCGAUACUGAAAAAGCUACAAGUCUUAGUUAAAAAUCCUGGAAGUUAUACGCAAAAACAAUAUAAACAGAUAUUACUUCCAAGCCAAUUAUCAGCAAGUUAAGGGCUGGUGCAGUUACGCUGCACAGUGGAUAUCGGAUUUACUCGCUUUUAGAACUGACACUUUGUGAUAUAUUUUGUAAUAAAUAACUUAAUGAGA